CGGCGACCGCGCUACAGUCUCCAUGCGCCCAGCAAUUCCGCUUUUGAUGAGACUGGUCUCCGCGAGGAACUUCUGGUGGACAGUGACAUGCGAGCUGGCUUAUUGACCAACACGCAGCGUGUUGAACGAACAGGUCGGCGUCUUCAGGAGGGCCUUCGCACUGCCUACGAAACUGAGGAGAUCGGUGGGCAGAUCCUGAGUGAUCUGGAUCAUCAGAGGGACACCUUACAACGAAGUCGUGAUCGGGUAUGUGGUGCGCAAUGCACCUCGUGUUGUUCUUCAUUACCGCCAUACAUUGACAAAAUCCUCAUUUGGAAAAAAUGA